GCAGCUGCUGGAGCAUACCCAAAGAAAGUGAAGGUGGUGGAGGUGGGACCCCGUGAUGGGCUCCAGAAUGAGAAGAAUGUUGUGCCCACCCCAGUGAAGAUCAAUCUGAUCAACAUGCUGUCAGAGACAGGGCUGCAGGUCAUAGAGGCCACCAGCUUUGUGUCCCCCAAGUGGGUUCCUCAGAUGGCUGAUCACACUGAGGUCAUGCAGGGGAUCAACAAACUUCCAGGGAUCAGUUACCCUGUGCUAACCCCAAACCUGAAGGGAUUCCAGGCCGCGGUGGCAGCAGGAGCCAAAGAAGUGUCAAUCUUUGGAGCAGCAUCUGAGCUGUUCACCAAGAAGAACAUCAACUGUUCCAUAGAGGAGAGUCUGGAGAGGUUCGACGAGGUGAUGACAGCAGCAAAGGGAGCCAACAUUCCUGUCAGGGGAUACGUUUCCUGUGUCCUUGGAUGUCCAUAUGAAGGGAAGAUUUCUCCAGCUAAAGUUGCAGAGGUCUCCAAGAAGAUGUACUCGAUGGGAUGCUACGAGAUCUCCCUGGGGGACACCAUUGGCAUUGGGACCCCUGGGAGCAUGAAGGAGAUGCUGACAGCAGUCAUGAAGGAGGUGCCUGUGGGAGCUUUGGCUGUUCACUGCCAUGACACCUAUGGGCAGGCUCUGGCCAACAUCCUGGUGGCUCUCCAGAUGGGGGUGAGUGUGGUCGAUGCCUCCGUCGCUGGCCUCGGGGGCUGUCCCUAUGCCCAGGGAGCGUCGGGGAACGUCGCCACGGAGGACCUGGUGUACAUGCUGAAUGGGCUGGGCAUCCACAGCGGUGUGGAUCUGCAGAAGCUGAUGGACACAGGAACAUUUAUUUGCAACGCUCUGAACAGAAGAACCAAUUCCAAGGUGUCCCAGGCAUCCUGCAGGCUGUGACACUGA